UGUAAAACUAAAUUUAUAGUUCAUAUUGAAUUCCACAUGGCAUAUCUUUAUAUAUAUCAUGUAUAAUUGCUUCAUAAUUUGUUUUUGUUUGCCUAAUCUGUUUUGUUAGUGCAACAAUAUAUAGACAUGUACUCAUCAUAUAGAGUCAAAGGGAACAAAAAUGAACCUGGCAUAAAUGUAAAUAAAUAGAGAGACCCAAUUAGUGUUUUCUUGUUUUCUCACAUUGUUGUUGCUCAAAGACGACCUUUCUUUCAACGAUGGGAGAUGAAGAUUGGAUCGAACUGAAAUUCAGACUCGCUGAUGGGACCGACAUUGGGCCAACCAAAUACAGCCAAUUCAUGACUGUUGCGUCUCUUAAGGAGAGAAUCAUUUCUCAAUGGCCUAAAGACAGAGAAAAUGCUCCAAAAACGAUAAAUGAGAUCAAGGUCAUCAAUGGUGGCAAAAUACUGGAGAACAACACAACACUUUCUGAAACCAGAUCACUACCGUUUGGUGAACUAAUUCCUGGAAUGGUAACCACAAUGCAUGUUGUUCUUCGUCCUCCUCUCUUAGUCCCCAAAAACGAGAAACUGCAGGAUAAACCUCCAGUGAAGAACAGUUGUGUAUGCUGCAUUUUGUAACUCAACUAGAGAUUUUUUUUUUUUUUUUAAAUCUUUUUACAUAAUUUAUGCUAUUUGGAUUAUCCUCCAUGGAAAAGCUUUCCAUAGCCUCAACGACUUUUCUUCUUCAUUAAAAAGAUUCCACUAAGAGGCUUCAAUGUUUUCCUUAAGCAUUGAUCUCAGAGAGUGGUCUGAGUAGACAAAUGUAACAAGAAGCCAAGGUGCUUCUCCUACGCAUCUAAUUCAAUGAGCACAUGCAUUGUGGAAGGUUGUAGGGUAAGUUUUGUUAUCAGAAAGGGACACCAUUCUUAAGAUGGGAGUGGGUCACAGUUUCACUUAAUGGGUGAGGGAAAAAUGAUGGCAUGACAUGACAAUAUGACAUGACAUGAGUUGCUGCUUUCAAUCAACUACUUAGGACACUAAAAGAUACUAUUAUGGGUUACUUUUGAAAACGACCAUUUUGGUCUUGUCCCUUUAAUAUUGUCUCUCUCUCUGUCUAUUUACUAGUAUCGGAACUCGG